AUGGACGCGCCUCCAAUUAUAAAUAAACGCUUCCCCGACCAACUCGCACCAGAAUAUGAAAAAGCUGCCGAAGAACUUGGUGAUAGUGUUCCUUUGGCUAAAGUUGAUGCUACCGUUGAGAAAAUUUUGGCCGAACGCUUUGAGAUAAAUGGAUAUCCUACUCUUAAAUUUUGGCAAAAAGAUCAUGAACCGAUUGAUUAUGAUGGCGAUCGUGAUGCUCAGGGGAUUGUAAAAUGGCUAAAGGAAAAGACCGAUCCAGAUUACAAGCCUCCACCUGAAGAAGUUAUUGCAUUAAAUGAACAAACGUUUGACGAUUUUUUGGGUUCAAAUGCUCUUACAUUGGUCGAAUUCUAUGCACCUUGGUGUGGACAUUGCAAAAAACUUGCUCCUGAAUAUGAAAAAGCAGCGAUACGGCUUAAGGCGCAUGGCAUUCCUCUGGCAAAAGUUGAUGCAACUAUUGAGAAGAAAUUAGCCGAGCUAUAUGAUGUUAAGGGGUUUCCAACGCUUAAGAUAUUUCGAAAUGCCCGUCGCUUUGAUUAUGAUGGUCCAAGAGAUGCCGAUGGAAUUGUCAAUUAUAUGAUUGAACAGUCAAAACCAGCUGUGAAAUACUUGAAUCAUUCCUCCACGGACAAAUUCAUUUCUAAUAAUGACGUGACUAUUGUUGGAUUUUUCGAUUCAGAAAAUGGUUCUCUUUAUGACGCUUUUGUGGAUGCAGCGGAGAGAACUCGUGCCGAUUUUUCUUGUUAUUAUGUAACUGAUCCUUCUGUGAUUAAAGAAUUUAAAGUAAAGGCGGGGACAAUUACAAUUUUCUAUCCAAAGUCAACAGCUACUACAGAAGAAUUGCUGACUUUUUACCGUGAAAACGCAACACCCCUUGUUGGGCAUAUGACAAGAAUAAAUUCGGCUACUCGUUAUUCUCGCCGUCCUUUGUACAAAGGAAAAUUUUAUUUUGCUGUUGCAGAUGAAGAAGAAUUUGCAAAAGAAUUGGAAGCUGUUGGACUUGGAACAAGUGGGUUAGAACAAAAUGUUAUUAUUUUUGGGGUUGAUGGCAAAAAAUACCCAAUGGAUCCUGAUAAAUAUGAUGAAGAUUUGGAAGAAAAUUUAAUUGCAUUUUUGAAAGACUUUGGAAAAGGGAAAGUAAAGGCACAUUUAAAGAGUCAACCAAUCCCCAAAGCUGAUAAAGGACCCGUUUUUACUUUAGUUGGUAAUAAUUUUGAAACAAUUGUUAAUGAUGAAAGCAAGGAUGUUCUCAUUGAGGCUUAUGCUCCUUGGUGUGGCCAUUGCAAAGCAUUCGAACAGCCUUAUAAACAAUUCGCUACUAAAUUGACAAAACAAGAGCCAAAUUUAAUUUUUACUAAAAUUGAUGCUACAGAAAAUGAUUUACCCGAAAAAUAUAAAGUUGAAGGAUUUCCAACUAUUUUCUUUGCUCCAGCAGGCAAAAAAGAUGAUCCAAUUAAAUAUACUGGAAAUAGGGAUUCCAAUGAUUUGUUGAAAUUUCUUAAAGAUAAUGCUGUUAAAAGUUUCCAGUCAGAGAGGGAAAAAGACGAGCUUUAA